AUGACCAGCAAGAUGGCGGCGCCCGACCCCGUGGAGGUCAUGCGCUACCAAAACCACUUGCGCGGUUCGAACGCCAGGGUGCACUUUCCCGGGGGAGGUGUCUUCGAGACCAAGGAGGACGCACUCUUGUUCCAAGCAGCCGUAGAUGUCGUCAAUGAGGACUCGACAAUAAACAUGGAGCCGGACUUGGUUCCUCUCGUGGAGCUGCUUCCGGAAGACGACAGUUACGAAGCGGUCAGGGACACGUGUCGGCUCUUGCUGCGGGGCGUGGGAGCCGUGUUCGGUCCCAUGUCGUCGGUGAGCGGUGAGCACGUGAGUGACGUGUGCAACAGCCUGAACGUGCCGCACCUGGAGACCCGCUGGGACCCGGCUCAGGAGGCGUACGACGACUCCCUGAACCUGUUCCCGGACCCCGCCGUGCUGGCCGAGGCCUACGUGGCCCUGAUGAGCCACUGGCAGUGGCGCUCGGUGGCCAUCGUUUACGAGGAGGACGAAGAGGUAGCCGAGAUGAAGGGCCUUCUCGAGGAGUUGCGGGAGGCCGACAUCGAUGCGGACCACUACGCGCGCAACUCGACGGACUCGUUCCGCGAUGUGCUCAAGCGGGUCCGUGAGGACGGCCACACGCACAUAAUCGUCGCCAUCGAGGAAGAGGACACCGAACCAUUCCUCAUGCAGGCAAUGCAGAUCGAGAUGCUCAACGAUGAGUACAGCUACCUGUUUCGUUCUCUGGACUUCCACAUGGCCGACCUGAAGGACUUCAUCUACAGCAAGGCUAAGGUCACGUCGCUUAGGAUAGUGGACGUGGACGAUCCGGUGGCUGCCAUGCUUGACAAAAAGAUCGACGCACUCGAGGCGGCCAACGCGCCUACCUUAGCUGCGCCAGGUGAACAAGAGAAAGAAGAAGACUACGAGGGAGACGACGAUGACCACGUCAAGUUUCCCCUCAAGUUGUCCACUGACGCUGCCAUGCUGUACGACGCGGUGAAACUUUUUGCCCUCAGCCUCAUCGAAUGGAAUGGCGGGAAGGACGCAGCGUUUCCAGCAUUAGACUGCAGGGAGGACAAAGUUGCUGACGACAACAACACGGACGAGCUUAUCGCAGUGAUGAAAAAGGUCAGUUUCGAUGGACUUACAGGAGUGGUAAAACUUGACAACAAAGGCGUGAGAACUGACAUUAAACUCUACGUGAGCGAACUUGGAUUCGAUGGACUGGAGGAGAUUGGAACAUGGUCGCCAUCUAUUGGCCUAAACAUCACCGAGGACGAAGAAGAUGAAGAUGACGAAGAUGAUGAAGUACUACGUGUUCUAUCUGUUCCUGUGAGUCCAUUUAUGAUGGUGAACGAAGUGGACGGCAAGAGCGUCUACAGUGGCUUCUGCGUCGACCUGCUUGACAAGUUGUCGCAGGAACUGAACUUCAAGUACGAGCUUCACGUUAUGAGUGACGGUGCGCGCGGUGCACCAAACGAUACGGGACACUGGAGCGGAAUGAUCGGAGACGUAAUAGCUGGCAAAGCCGACGUGGCACUGGCCGACCUGACCAUCACCGAGAUGCGUGAGCGGGUGAUCGACUUCACGCUGCCCUACAUGACGGCUGGUCUGGUGGCGGUCACCAAGAAAGGACAGCCCAGGAGUCCCGGGGGCAUUUGGGCAUUCUUCCUGCCCCUCACUCGAGAGGAAAGUUGUGGUCCUUUGUGCCUCAAAGCCGACGUGGCACUGGCCGACCUGACCAUCACCGAGAUGCGUGAGCGGGUGAUCGACUUCACGCUGCCCUACAUGACGGCUGGUCUGGUGGCGGUCACCAAGAAAGGACAACCCAGGAGUCCCGGGGGCAUCUGGGCAUUCUUCCUGCCCCUCACUCGAGAGGUGUGGAUUUACAUUCUCCUGGCCACGGCGUGCACCGUAUUCGUGAUGUACAUCAGCGCGCGGCUCAGCUUCCGCGAGUGGAUGCUGGUGGACGACGGAAAGGGCGGCGAGUGCAUGGAAAACCGCUUGAACCUCUUCAACUGCUUUCUCUUCGUGCUCACAACACUACUCCAUCAACGAGUGAGCCUCGACCCCAGAGCCCCAGCUACUCGCGUGUUGGCUGGCUUCUGGUACUUCUUCACAUUCAUCGUGCUCGCCAUUGUGGUGAGCAACUUGUGCGAGAGCAUCCUCUGGCAGGACAGAGGACCCGACUACGACUCUGUCGAUCAGCUCAUGAAGACGCCCGGGUUCACGUACAUCGCCAUACGAGGUGGAAGCACUCGCGCUUACCUUGAGCACUCCAACGUGCCCCUGCAUCAAAGGAUGUCGCAGUUCGUCGAACGUAGCGGACGCAACAACCCGGGAACCUUCGCGGAGGGCCUCGACCGCGUCAAGAACGAAGACAAAGUGGCAUUCAUCAUGGAGUACGCAACCGCCGCUCACGUCACGCAGAGUGACUGCGAGUUCAGCAUGACCGACACCUUUGUUCACCACUCGGCCUACGGCAUCGUUACCGCCAGAGGCUCUGAAUACCGAAGCUUGCUGUCCAAGGGCAUUCUCAAGCUCCAAGAGGACGGGCGCCUUCAGUGGCUCCAGGAACGCUGGUGGAAGCCCAACCAGUACUGCGGACAGGACGAUGACGUGGACGGCGAUGGAGACGGCGACAGCGACGAAGAAGACGAAGAGGCCCACUCGCUCGAGGCACGCGUACAGAUUCGCCAGCUGACCGGCGCGGACCUUGCAGGCGCGUUCGUCAUCGUCUACGUGGGCUUCAUCAUCGCAGGCAUCCUCGCCGUGGGCGAACUCUUCUACGUCUUCAGCACUAGGGCCAAGAGAGAGACGCACUUGAACUCCAUCGCUGUGUCAGACCACAUGAAGCAGGCUGGAUACGUCUGGAGGAAGUCUAUGGACCUGAGCGAGAUGAGAAUGUGAUCAUGCAGCUUCCUCUUCAUCGUCAAGAUCUUUGGAAGACGCACCUUUGAUAUGUACGCCAGCAGCAGCGCCUCGAGAGAUGUUGCAGCCUAUCUGACAAAGCAGCGUUUUGCAAGCUGUGAAUCGCAUCCCCGUGGUUCUCAAAGACGUUGAACAAUGUCUAGGCGCAAAGUCCGCGAAGGUUGAAGAAUUGUAUCUGGAAACUAUGUACUUGUGUAACUAAGUACAGCAUGCCUGCGCUACUUCUGGAAAGCUCGUUCGAUUUUCAAGGUCUUUAAAAACUUAGAAAGAUAGCCGUGUCACGUAAUAUUCACAAGGCUUCGAAACUCCAUCGGCCCACUUUCGCUAAAAUGCAUUGCUUACUAGACACACCACAAACAUUGGAUGCAUGAAAUGUGAUUGGAUGGUGUCCGGCAAAUAUACGGUCUAAUAAACUUGUGGCUGACUGGUCAAAUAGGAAGUGUAAGAGUUCUUGCCACUUAGGAGUUUCUUGGUACAACCAAACCAUGCAACUCUAAAUGAUGCUGGCUAGCUACAACUGCAACCACACGCAAGUUCAUUAUGACAGUUUUUGGUAUACCAUUCGUUGAAACACCGGCGCGAAACAGUGGCCUAUAGUAUUUGAAUGAUUAGUCAUUCUUUGAAAAUUCUCUUACUCUUCAAUUUCUAUCACAGUUUCUUUGUUAAAAAGGACUUGAAAAUCGAGGUUUCAUUUUUAAUGUCACCGGAGAAUCUGAGCAGUUGAAGGUCAGCGUGACUUUAUCGAUUAUGAAGUUGAUUUAUGAGAGCUUAAUAUCAUUAGCUUAAUAUAAUUUUUUCUCAAACUUCCUUUGCGAUGCAUACGGCUCCCUUAGAACAUUACGCUAUUUAUUUUUACAAAUAUGAAAUACCAAUAGGUCCUAAGCAUACGCUGUCAAUAUCUAUGAGGCUACGGCGAACUAAUGAGACAAACUCGAGGAGGCGGCGGAGCCAUCUGCGUAUUUUCUCUCUUUGCGCGUUCUAUGAUUUACCAAGCAUUUCCCUGCCACAACAAUUGUGUUCUUAGUUGUGUGAAAUGGUUUUUCAAAGUACAACAAAAAGAACGUUUCCCUCACGUGACCCUUUAUUGUGGAAGCAUCAAAAUUGUUCGAAAAAAAAGAAGAAAGUCUUACAUCUACAACUAUGAGCGCGUGUUCAUAGAAACUUACUACGCUAAUAAUUUUCACCAGAGAAUAAUAUGACCGAUGAUGAUGCGGCACAUACUAUUAGCGAGUCUGGCUUACCAACGGGAAAACGCACUUCAAAGGGAGAAGUUUGUUAAUUCGGUACCCGAUUUCUAAGUUAUAUGAGGAAAGGCACGUGACGCAUUAAGUAAUCUCAUAAUAAACAACUCUAAAUCUCAUGGCAUGGUGGAGUGUAGGAGAGGGAAGGAAAGAGUGGGAAGUUAACAAGACGAGCUUCCGGUUCGCUACCCCGAUUCUCAGUAAAAUGGGGAUCUUGCAUGUCGAAGAUGUCGCCCUGUCUAUGGUCCUGAAGUGUGAUUGAUAUGCUUAUCUUGUGAUAAUUUACGUGUCGCGUAUGGGCCUUACGAAGAUUUUCCUGAAUAGAAACAGGUGUUUUGAGCAAUGUUGAGUGCUAACUCUCGUGCUCACAGUUUCAGGCCCUUAGCCAGGAAUUUUCUUUCGGGUUGGGGGAGGGGGGGAGGGGCUUGUUGAAAAAUUUGUGAACAUUCAUUUUCGGUAUUUAGUUUGGUAUAAUAUCCCUCUCCAUCUGGAAUUGAGGCGGGGAGUGGGAGGCUAGGGCACCAUCCCUGGCUACGGGCCAGCACUGUUUCUGGGCACGCCUAAAAGCCUAAUUGGAUGUUGAAUAGCAAUUUGUGAUUUGCUUCGAUCUUUGAUACUGCGUUUGGCCUCUGCGCCUUUUAUCAUGAUGAUGUCAUUGUAGCGAAACUGCCCAUAUUCUGAAACUCUUGUAUGAGCAGCAAAAUGAGUUUUACUUUUGGAGAUGAGAAAGUGUGAAAUAAACGAGUUAUUCGUG